UACGAUUCGCACGGACUUACUCGGGGGCGGGGGGGUGUGAAAUUACAGGGAGCGUAUAUGUGUGUGUACGCUGCGUAAUAUGGGACGUGUUUAACGAGAAAUAAACGUCUGCUUCGUAUGUAGUGGGAAUCUGCCUUCUCCUCGCAGAAUGAUUACAGCGGUGCGGCCGUCGUGCGGUGCCCCGUCCUUCUUUACGCUGCUCUUUCUUACGGGGAGCCUGCGCGUCGCCUCGCCUUUCUACCUUCCGGGUCUGGCCCCGGUCAGCUUCUGUGAGCAGAACGGGAAAAAGCCGCCCGGUUGCAGGUUUGAAAUCGAGAUGUUUGUGAACAGACUGGAUUCCGUGGAGUCUGUCCUUCCAUAUGAAUACACGGCGUUCGAUUUCUGUUCUGUUGGCUCAGAAAACAGGCCUUCUGAAAAUCUGGGUCAGGUUUUGUUUGGUGAAAGAAUUGAACCGUCUCCAUAUAAAUUUACAUUUAAAGAAGGAAAACAAUGUGAGCCGGUCUGCACAAAGUCAUACAAUACAAACAAGCAGGAGGAUCGGGCAAAGCUGGACUUUCUGAAGAAAGGCAUGCUUCUCAACUACCAGCAUCACUGGAUUGUGGACAACAUGCCAGUUACCUGGUGCUACACUGUGGAGGACGGACAGAAGUACUGCAAUCCGGGUUUUCCUAUUGGAUGUUAUGUGACUGGAAGUGGGCAACCCAAGGAUGCCUGUGUUGUAGAUCAAAGUUUUAAUGGCCAAGACACCUAUUACAUCUUCAAUCACGUCAACAUUACAAUCUACUACCAUAAGGUAGAAGCGCAGAAUGAGGAUGGAGAAAUGCGACUCGUAGCAGCUAAAAUGGAGCCAAAAAGCUUCAAAAAUGGAGAGUGUUCAGGGCAGCCCAUGGAUUUGAGCAACAAAUUCACUGGAGAGCUGAAAAUUCCCUACACUUACUCUGUCCAGUUCGUGGAAAAUAAAGACAUUCGGUGGGCCUCUCGCUGGGACUAUAUUCUGGAGUCUAUGCCUCACACCAACAUCCAGUGGUUCAGCAUUAUGAAUUCCCUUGUCAUCGUGCUCUUCCUGUCUGGGAUGGUAGCCAUGAUCAUGCUCCGCACCCUUCAUAAAGACAUCGCCCGGUACAACCAAAUGGACUCUGUCGAGGAUGCCCAGGAGGAAUUCGGCUGGAAGUUGGUACACGGAGACAUUUUCAGGCCACCGAGGAAAGGAAUGCUUCUAUCAGUAUUCUUGGGCUCAGGGACACAGAUCUUCAUCAUGACUUUCAUCACACUCUUCUUUGCCUGCCUGGGCUUCCUGUCCCCGGCCAAUCGUGGAGCUCUGAUGACCUGCGCCGUGGUACUCUGGGUGCUGCUGGGAACGCCAGCUGGCUAUGUGGCUGCCCGACUCUACAAGUCCUUUGGUGGUGAAAAAUGGAAAACAAACGUCUUGCUGACAGCUUUUCUGUGCCCUGGGAUUGUUUUCGCAGACUUCUUUCUGAUGAAUCUGAUUCUGUGGGGUGAAGGUUCCUCUGCAGCUAUGCCGUUUGGGACGCUGGUGUCUAUCCUUGCUCUCUGGUUCUGUGUGUCUGUUCCCCUGACGUUUGUGGGAGCCUACUUUGGCUUUAAAAAGAAUGGGAUAGAGCAUCCGGUACGGACCAACCAGAUCCCUCGUCAGAUUCCUGAGCAGUCCUUCUACACCAAGCCCCUUCCUGGGAUCGUCAUGGGUGGAAUCCUGCCCUUCGGCUGUAUCUUCAUUCAGCUCUUCUUCAUUCUUAACAGCAUCUGGUCCCACCAGAUGUACUACAUGUUCGGCUUCCUGUUCCUGGUUUUCAUUAUCCUAGUCAUCACAUGUUCUGAAGCCACAAUCCUCCUCUGCUAUUUUCACCUGUGUGCUGAAGAUUAUCACUGGCAGUGGCGUUCCUUCUUGACCAGUGGCUUCACUGCUGCCUACUUCCUGGUUUAUGCCAUCCACUACUUCUUCUCAAAGCUUCAGAUCACCGGACUUGCCAGCACAAUCUUGUACUUUGGCUACACCAUGAUCAUGGCCCUGAUCUUUUUCCUCUUCACAGGAACUAUUGGAUUCUUUGCCUGUUUUUGGUUUGUUACCAAGAUCUACAGUGUGGUGAAAGUGGAUUAAGCACAUGGAUCCAGAUCUUAACCACGUGGGAUUCGUCAGGUGGUGAAAUGUACACAGACUUUUCUGAAACUCCUGACACUGACAAGAUUCAGCACCUAUCAGAAGCAAAGCCCUUUUUUCCCACCUUUAAACAUUUCCAAAUAUUAGUGGAUUGCAACUCUCAAACAAUCAAGUUUGAUAGAAUUGCGUAUUAAAAUGCCUGACCAUUGAAGACUCUAGAACCUAAUACAUUUCAUAAAUAUUACUCAUUAUUUGCUAAUGCAAAGUGUAUUUACUCUGCAAAAAGUUAGGUCUACAUAGUAACAUUUAUCAUACGUAUUGUGGUACUGUUAUUGUAAAUAACAUUUUCUAAUUAUGGGAGGGGUUAAUACUGUGAAUAAGGAACUGUGUCUGUGUCAGGUACCAUGGCAGAGCUUCUUUGAUUUCAUCAGGUGACUGAUGUUGCGUUAAGCAAACUGGUCUUUGUUAUGUGUUACUUGUGUUUUUAACUUUUUACACUUCGUGCCUCACGAGUGCAUGAACGUGUAAGUUUGUAGUACUGAAUCUUGUACAGAUAGUCUCAAAAAAAAGCAUGAGGAAUCUGAGUUGGGAGGCACGUGAGGUAAAGAGGGAGAGGAGCAGCACCAGCCGGAAAGCACCAGCCGGCCCCUGCUUUGGCGAGACAGGGUCCGACGGUUUCAUCACUUGCGUGUUGAUGUUUGUGUGACAGAACUUUCUGUGGAUUGAUGUGCAGCUUGACUGUCAGCUUUGAACGUAACUAAAAGUCCUGCGUCGCCCUCACACGCACACACACGGCACCCCAUGCAAGUUAUUUAUCUGAUAUGCGCCCACACUUUAAAUACUUUUAUAGUUGAUUUGGGGCAUUUUGGGGAUGGGCGACAUGUUACAUGUAUAUAUUACCUGUACUCAAUCCUGGUAAUUCGUAACACAAGGUGUCACACAUGGGGAAAUUCCAAACUAAAUCUGAAUUUAGUUUAUUGCAAAAACCUCCAUAGAUUUCAAUUUCCUAAUACAUUUCUUUUUUUUGUUGUUGUAUCAUCUCUGGCUUCAGCCUUGGGACCACGUCAAAAAGAAUUAACCAGACCUGCUAAGUGUUAAGCCCUGAGAGAUGUGAUCAGUAAAUCACUUCUGUCACUGAGUAGUAGUGAAAUACGUUUAGGUUUAGAAUGUCAGUUUUGGUAACUACUGCUUGCACGUGGAAGUAUCAUCACUACAGUUUUGAUCUCUAGUUGAAAUAAUGUAGUUAAGCUCAGCUUUGAGUUACCUGCCGUGUAUUUUGGGUUUCGUUCCUUUCAUCAAGGCCUACGUGGUUAUUGUUUGGAGUGAUACAAUAAAAUAAUUGAUCAGUUCAA